AUGUCUGCCCCGGCUCACCAGACAACAUUUUCUCUACCUCCCCAACAAACCUUUCCCCCACCCCAGCAAGCCUUUCCUCCACCCCCGCAGGCAUUCCCUCCGCCUCCCCAGGCCUCUCCCCCACCCUCGCAACCAUCGCCUGCUUUACAUGGCUCCUUUGCAAAUGCACCCCCACAUAAUUUUAGUUACCCUCCUCCACCCAGGUCCCAACCAACCAACAACGUAUACCCGGGACCACCCCCGUCUGUUAGCCCUCCAAUCCAGAGCCCACCACCGGAGAGUCAAUACCCCCAGGAUAAGACACCUUCCUACAACCAGCCGAGCGCUUCUGCGUUCCAGCAACCAGCUGCUGCCAGUAUCAGCAGAUCUGAGUCUCAAUCGUCCUCAUUGAACCGAAUGGAAAAGAUCCCCGGAGGAGCCCCCUCAUAUGGAGACUUCAAAGGAACAACCGCAACACACGACGACAAUGUCGGUACAUUCAACGGAGGAAGUUACAGAAUCAGUCAUCGUGAUUCGAACUCUCUCUUGACAAUCCAGCUAGCCAUGGGUGCGCCAUUGAUUGUUAAACCAGGUGCCAUGCUUGCAAUGUCCCCCACGAUGACCCUUCGAGGUGAAGUCCAUUUCACAAUGAAGAAACUGCUAGCCGGAGGCAAAAUGGGCAUGUCUACCUUCACAGGACCCGGAGAACUCCUCUUAGCCCCCUCUGUCCUAGGCGACCUAAUGGUGCUGCCCAUCCGCCCAGAAAAGGAAUGGAUGAUCGGAAGAGACGCCUUCCUAGCGCAUUCAUCUGCUGUCAGCCACGAAUAUGUGACUCAGGGUCUAACGAAGGCAAUGUUCUCCGGAGAGGGUUUGUUCGUGUACAAGAUCUCAGGAACCGGGCUACUUUGGAUCCAAAGUUUCGGCGCAAUCGUCAAGAAAGAGCUUGUGGAGGGUGAGAAAUACUACGUUGACAAUGGUUAUCUUGUUGCGUGGAAUUGCGAUUACACACUUGAACGCGUUGCGUCAGGUGGAAUUUUGUCUGCCUAUUCUUCUCAUGAGGGUCUUGCUUGCAAGUUUAAGGGUCCUGGAACAGUUUAUUUCCAGACUAGGAACUUGAAUACCUUUGCUAUGCAGAUGAAAAUGAGUACGGCGAGUGGGUGA